UUUCCACCAGUGGAAGAGCGGGACUUCAUCGGGGUGGACGACAGCGACUCGCGCCUCUUGUUACUGGCCAAUGAGGAGGAUCUGGAUGACGGCCUGAAUUUGAAGAAGUGCAUCUUCCAGAGGUACCCCCGGAUCCACAUCAAGAUGGGAAUGGUGGACGCACACCUCUACUGCCUGCGCAAAUAUGUGGUGGACUUCCUCGUGGACAAUGACUCCUUCUCCUCCAUCCGCCGGGAGUUGGUUCCAUAUCUGGUCAGUAAACAGUUCUCCUCGUCACACAAGAAGUUGGAACCGGAUGCGAGCAAAAAACCUCUAGCGAAGGACAUCUACACCUGUAUAAUCACCGAUAAGCUCAUGGAAGCGGCGCUGAGUAAAUCCAGCUGGAACGAUCACCGCGGCGACAUGCGUGAACCUUACCACGGCAGCAGCCUGCGUUGCUACGUUCAUGUGGCCCAGAACGAGCUGUGCUGCAGAGUGAACAGCCUGGGGAUGUACAUCGAGGCCAACAAGCAGACUGACCAUUUCUACCUCUUCUCGUACCUCUGCAGCUCCUUCUCCUCCAUCCGCCGGGAGUUGGUUCCAUAUCUGGUCAGUAAACAGUUCUCCUCGUCACACAAGAAGUUGGAACCGGAUGCGAGCAAAAAACCUCUAGCGAAGGACAUCUACACCUGUAUAAUCACCGAUAAGCUCAUGGAAGCGGCGCUGAGUAAAUCCAGCUGGAACGAUCACCGCGGCGACAUGCGUGAACCUUACCACGGCAGCAGCCUGCGUUGCUACGUUCAUGUGGCCCAGAACGAGCUGUGCUGCAGAGUGAACAGCCUGGGGAUGUACAUCGAGGCCAACAAGCAGGUUCCUCUGUGCGGACUGUGCGGGGAAGAUCCACGUGUUCACCCGUCGGCUGUCAUUGCAGAUAAACUCAUGGUGGGGUCGGACAGCAUGGUCGGGGCUCAGACGCAGGUCGGGGAGAAGACCUCCAUCAAACAUUCCCUUCUGGGCUCCAACUGCAGCGUCAGAGACAGAGUGAAGAUCACCAACUGCAUCAUCAUGAGCGGCGUCACCGUAAACGACAAGUACGUAUGGACUUGGGUCAUUGCAAUGAAUGAAGUGCUGACAACGCUGUGGUGUGCGGGGACUUGGGUCAUUGCAAUGAAUGAAGUGCUGACAACGCUGUGGUGGGCGGGGACUCGGGUCAUUGCAGUGAAUGAAGGAAGUGCUGACAACGCUGUGGUGGGCGGGGACUCGGGUCAUUGCAGUGAAUGA